GUGUUGGUAUAUACAGGGAGGGGUUGUGCCGUUAGUGGGAUACAUAAGUCGCUGAAAUUGCACUCAGCUGUUGCCAAGGCUACUCGGCCAAAUGAAGCCGCCGGGCCACCACAUUUCCACUGGUCAUAUCAUCUGCUCCUCUCCAUAUAUAUCCCCGAAAAUAAAUGCCUAUCCUUUUGUAUUCCUGGCUGCCGGUGGGUUUCCUUCCUACACGGGGAAGAGAGAGGACGUGGUGCGACGUGUCGCUCAUAUAGAGAAAAACGAAAGCGUACGUACGCCACCAUUAACCCCUCCUUCCUCCACCCAACUGCACUUGCAUGCAUGGAUGCAAAAAUGGAGGCAGAGGAUAAAGAAUUAUAUUAUCACUACACCUUUUUUUGCAACAGAUAGUAAGCGUGUCGUUGCGCGUAGGUCAGUUUUAUUUCUUUUCCAUGCAAUACUAAAAACUGUCGAUAUUUAUUAUUCCCUUUCUUUGAACAUAAACACCCGUGUAUUAUUUUGCUAUAUAUACUUUGUUGCCACGCACUUGCCUCCGGAUUUGUCUAUGUGGAUGUAGCCGACGCACACGCUAUCUACUUUCCAUCUAAAGCCAUUUAUAUCAGACCAAAUAGAAAAGCUAGCCAAGAACACAAACGUACAAAAUCGUUUGACGGAAAGCAGCACGCAAUGGAGGACGAUGGUUACAAAAGCGUA